AUGACAAAAUCGCCACAAAAUAUAGGUAUUAAAGGUAUUGAGGUUUAUAUCCCAGGCCAAGCAGUCAACCAGAGUGAAUUGGAGAAAUUCGAUGCAAUUCCUCAGGGUAAAUAUACCAUUGGUUUGGGACAAACCAAUAUGGCGUUUGUUAACGAUAGAGAAGAUAUUUAUUCCAUUUGUUUAACUGUUGUCUCCAAAUUGAUUAAGCAUUAUGAUAUCGAUACCAACAAUAUCGGAAGAUUGGAAGUUGGUACCGAGACUUUAUUGGACAAGUCGAAAUCUGUUAAAACGGUUUUGAUGCAAUUGUUUGGCGAAAAUAACGAUAUUGAAGGGAUCGAUACUUUGAAUGCAUGCUAUGGUGGUACUUCUGCCGUAAUAAAUGCUAUCAACUGGAUCGAGAGUUCCAGUUGGGAUGGAAGAGAUGCAAUCGUUGUUGCUGGUGACAUUGCUAUUUACGACAAGGGAGCUGCAAGACCUACUGGUGGUGUUGGUGCCAUUGCCAUGUUGAUUGGUCCUGACGCACCUAUUGUUUUUGAUUCAAUAAGAGGUUCCUUUAUGGAACAUGCUUAUGAUUUUUAUAAGCCAGAUUUUUCUAGUGAAUACCCGGUGGUGGAUGGUCAUUUUUCAUUAAGUUGCUAUGUCAAGGCAGUUGACCACUGUUACAAGAAUUACUCUAAAAAGUAUACUGGGGAUAAGGACAAGACAGUUGGGUUAUUCAACCACUUUGACUAUAACGCGUUCCACGUUCCAACAUGUAAAUUGGUCACCAAGAGUUACGCAAGGUUAUUAUAUAAUGAUUACAAAUCCAAUAGUGAACAAUUUAAAGAUUUAAUCGAUGAAGAAACUAGGAAAACAAUUGAUGCAUUAUCUUAUGAAGAAUCAUUAACCGAUAAGUUAUUGGAAAAAGUUUUUGUCAAUUUAGCAAAAGAACAAACUAAAAAAAGAGUAGAACCAGCAUUGAAAGUUCCAACAAAUACUGGUAAUAUGUAUACAGCCUCUGCGUGGGUUUCAUUAGCUUCAUUAUUGUAUUAUGUUGGUUCCAAAGAGUUGCAAAACAAGAGAGUUGGUAUCUUUUCUUAUGGGUCUGGAUUAGCAUCAACUUUACUUUCAGUCACAAUUAGAUCAGACAUUACUGAAAUCACAAAAGUUCUUGAUUUUGACUUCAAAUUGAACAAAGGUAGAAAGAUCCAAACCCCUGAUCAGUAUGUUGCAGCAAUCGAAUUGAGAGAAAAGGCUCAUUUGCAGAAGAAUUUCAAACCUCAAGGGUCAAUUGAAAAUAUAGGUGAAGGAGUUUACUACUUGGAAGAAGUUGACGAUAAGUUUAGAAGAAAAUAUUCUAUAAAGAAUUAA